UUCACUUAUUUCAAAUUUAAUUCAAAUAAACUUCUCAUUUAAUCAUUCCUAUUUAACAUUUUUUUUAAUCAACUCGUAUAAUAUACAGGUAUCACAACUAGUACAAAAUAAAGAUAGAGUUUGCGUGAAGGGGAAGUCAAGAGGGCGACUUAGCCACAAUUAAGGAGAGGUGGCGGUAAGAUUGGAUCCAAGAGUGGCAAGUAGUUUUUGGGAGAAACAUCACCGCAAAGAAGGAAAACCCAUGGCCAAGUCUUCUACCUCAUCGUGAGGUCAGGCUGAAGCAGGCAAGCAACAUCCAUUAGUAGUCAAACGACGUCGUUUCUGAAACUAAGUGUGACAUUAGGUUUAUAUACGACCGAGGGGAGUUUAAGGAGGCAAGCAUCCAGAUUACCACAAAUGACGUAGGCGUGAGUAGUGGUCGGUUGAGAAGUUGUUUUGUCGAUGUAGAUAGCUUAAUCUUUAACAAGGUUUGUUGAUAAAUUGGCUAAAGCAGAUUGAAGUCUCUGAAUCCCAGUUUAGUAAAUAUAUGUUCUCCGGUUGAUUAGGGAAACUGUAUGUAGAAUUAAGGCUUACAAACAUUGAUAAAUGUUUUGUGUAAGAACAGGUUGAUCAAAGAUGGCUGCCAGGUGUUUGAUGUAAUGUCAACAAAAGAUGGUUGUGGUGCAAGUGAGAGGGUGAUGAUAAUCUGAGAGGGAAAAGUACUUCCAUCAUUCCUUUUAAGAGACUUCAGAAAGGUUUGAAUUUUAUUAUAAUUUUUACAAAUACAUUUAAAAAAUUAUAUCUUGUUAUCUUCAACACGUUGGUCCUAUUUCAUAGUUUAUUAAGGGCGCGUUUGUUUUGUGGGAUUCCAAAGGAAAGUGAAGGAAAUGGAAACUAGAAUCCCGUAGUCAUCGUGUUUGGCUUACCAAUUGAAUGGAAUCGGAUUUCCAUAAUCAUAUUUUAAUUCUGUAGUUGAUUGAUUUCUAAUUCUUUCCCAGCAUAUCAAGAAUCUAUAUUCAAUUUUAUAUCCUCCUGUUAUCUUUACGCGUUUGAAAUAAAAAAAAAUCUACUGAUUUUCAUUAUCUUUUCCCCAAUUAUCGUAUCUAAAUAUAUCUACAUAUCUCGAUCGGUUCUACAAUACAAUUUCAUUGUCGAUCGAUUUUGUUGUGCGCCUGCGUCUGAUACCUUUGUUGACCUGAAGUUAGUUCUUCCUAUUCUUUGUUUCAUCCUUUUCAUUGUCAAGCAAAAUGUCAAAUUCAUCCGCAGUUCUUCAAAUAACAUUGCUUCACCAUUCUUGUAUAAUUUUUUUAUACAUUUUUGCUUCAUCUUUGAGUAAUAUAAAAUAAUUAAUUUCUUAAUUAGCUUAUGAAUUAUGGUCUUUAAGACUUUGACUCUUUGUUACAUUUGACUCUAUGUUACUAGCUUGGAUUUACCAUUGUAAUCUACCUUUUUUUAACUUUUACGCAGAUGUUAAAGUCACAAUAACUUUUAUAUAUAUAUUUUAUUCAAUUUGUUAUAGUUUGUUAAACACAUGUUGGCUGUUUUUUUAAUCUUCGGAUAUUUGUUGUGCCGCUUCAAUAACAAGGAUUCAAUAUUUGUUGCAAUGCUUUGAUUAUCCUUGUUGACAUCCUACUACAAUUCAGUUAUGUGUUCUUUUAUGUGUCGUAACUGCAAUUAAGCCUGCAAGUAAAGUAAUUGUUAAUUUUGUGGUUGAAAUUUACCGUUGAUAACAUAUACUAGUUGUUGGUGUAGGUAUGCACACCAAGUGUUUGUGUUUUUGCUUAUGUGGUGUUUUUUUUUUUUUUUUUUUUUUCUGCGUGAUUUUUUGUUUUCAAUCCUUUAACCAUUAUGCUUGUUUUCUUGGAAAAGAUGAGACAAAUAUCCAAGGAUUGUGAUAAAAGCCAUAACUACAAACCAAAAUACUCACAAAAAUUGUUUACACAUUGUAACAUUUUGGAGUAUAAUUCCUUGUUAAAGAAAUAUGGUUUCAUUGGUUCAUUUUAGACCCACCCCUUUUAUGUAUUACAUUGGAUAUAAAACAUAAGCUUUAUCAUUUUAUAAUGCUAACUGUUGAGUUUUGGAGUCUCUUAAUUAGGUUAGUUCAUUUUCAUAUCAAAAUAUAUUUGAUAAUAUUGCUUUUUUGAAACAACUAUUUAAUUCCUUUCUUUACAAAAUUACUUGUACCAACAAAUUUCUACUAAAACUCAAAUUUGUUGAUGAUUAAAAUCCACAACAAUGUCAACUAUUAUGUCUUUAAAUUGUAAAAUUUUCUUUUUUUGAGAGAUGAGCAGGAAAUGGCACGACUUAGUCUAACUAGAAGCAAACAUAGAAAAAAGAUAAGUCAAAUAGUCGUUACAUUUUGAAAUGAAGUUAUGACUAGUAUUACAUGGUUUUUUAUCACGGUGUGCAAGCUACUACAAAUAUACAGAGGAGGUAAACCACGCAUAAAAAACAUAUCGUCGGAUGUGGAUCGGCAAUUAAUAAUGCACAAAUACGCUUACAAAAGUGACACUACGUGCAUAUCAAAUCUCAGGAUGACCCGAAGAUGUUUCACAAAGUUGUGUGACAUGCUUCAAACAUUAGGUGGGUUAAGAACAAGUAGACAUAUGGAUAUUGAUGAACAAGUGGCCAUAUUUCAUCACAUUAUCGCACAUAAUGUGAAGAAUCGGGUCAUGAUAAGUCGUUUCCAGCGUUCUGGAGAAACAAUUAGCAAAAUUGUUUCACGAGUUUGCAAUGCGGUGAUAAGGUUGCAUCCACAUUUGCUUAAGAAACCCGAACCUGUUACAGAAAACUCUACAGAUCAAAGAUGGAAGUGGUUCAAGAACUGUCUAGGAGCUUUAGAUGGAACACACAUAAAGUGCUUAGUGCCACUUAAAGAUAAGCCUAAGUACAGGACAAGAAAAAAUGAUAUUGCCACAAAUGUCCUAGGGGUGUGUUCACAAGAUAUGCAAUUUAUCUAUGUUUUACCGGGAUGUGAGGGCUCAGCUUCGGAUGGUAGAGUGCUUCGAGAUGCCUUAAUUAGGCCACAUGGAUUGAAGGUCCCAAGGCCGUGUUAUUAUUUGGUAGAUGUUGGUUAUACAAAUGGUGAAGGUUUCUUAGCCUCAUCUAGAGGUCAAAGAUAUCAUUUGAAUGACUAGCGUGCAGGACACCAACCAACUACACCUAAAGAAUUAUUCAACAUGAGGCAUUCAUCUGCAAGAAAUGUUAUAGAAAGAUGCUUUGGUAUUUUAAAGGCAAGAUGGCGAAUUUUAAGGGACAACUCAUAUUAUCCUAUUGAUCUAAAAAAUAAGAUCAUAAUGGCAUGUUGUCUUCUUCAUAAUUAUAUAAGGCAGGAAAUGACAACUGAUCCGUUUGAGAACCACUUUGAACUAGACGAGGGAAACGGAGAUGUCGGUGGUGGAGAUUAUGAUAAUAUCACUUCUGUUGGUGUAUCAACCGAGUGGACCACAUUUAGAAACAAAUUAGCGCAAAAUAUGUUUGAUUCUUGGAAUACUACACAUUGAUCAUUUCUAUUUUUGUUCUGUUUAUCAUUUACUAUGAAUUUGUGCUAUAUUUUUUUUAUUUUCAAUAAUGAGAUUUAAUUUACUUUUA